UCUGACUUUCUCUCCCACUGAAUCGCUGACACAUCACUAACGCACACACAGUUCUGUGACCCCCUCACUUUGCAACACAAAUACCAUUCAAUCCACUCCUCUGCCACUCUCAACAGACCGCAUUCAACUGAGCAGGGUCUCUAAUCAGAGCUGACAUCAUAGAGAUUAGCUUCUGCCCUCCGAUUCCUGGUACAGGAACCUCAAUGCAAAUACGUACACACACACACACACACACACACACACACACACACACAAUGACAGAGCACAACGGUAUCAAUGGGAGCUUUGACCGCCCAGUCAGGCUGGGCCCUUGUUUCUCCUUCAUUUGAAUGAUACAUUGUAUCGGAACAGAGGCUGGUUACUAUUGAUAUAAGUGACACAGUUCCACAGGCUGGAUGCAAAAACAUUGAACCUGGACUUGGCUUGACUACUGGUAGCCAGCUUUCGUUGCCAUAGAGACUAAUAAAGCAAAGUGGAGCUCUGAAUCAUAGAUGGGACAUCAAGAGGGGGAGAAAGUGUGAAGCAAGAAGCUUGUGUUUCCUUAGCUCUGUUCAGAGGGACUGUGUGGCUGUGCUUACUGGAAUACAUUAUACUAAAGUCACAGAUAAGAUGGGUGUGUGUGUGUGAGGGGGCAGGAUGCUGACGCAGAGGUCCAGACAGGGGCCUCCCCCACUGGAGCGGCUGGAGUCGGUCAUGAGCCAGUUCUCAGACAGCCUGGACCAGUACGACCUGCCGGACGACACCGAUGAGCUGGACCUUGGCUGCCAUGCCGACCACUGUGAUGGAAAACAGAUGGAGUCCGGGAGCAUUCCUUUUCCCACCAUAUACAACUUGCUCCCCUUCAAGUCCAUGGACAGCGCUGUGUUUGUGGAGGAGGUGCCUGUAUUAGUGCGAGUGACGGAAGUGGAGCGCUUCACCUGUACAAGGGUGUUGAACCCUAACCUGUACACCAUUGAGCUGAGCCAUGGAGAGUUCACGUGGAAAAUCAAGCGGCGCUUCAAACACUUCCAGGCUCUCCACCAGGAGCUGCUCAAGUUCAGGGCCCUGCUCAAGAUCCCUCUGCCAAGCCGCAUACACUUGGUGAAACGGAGAUCGUUCAAAGGCCACAAGCACUUCCAGGGAGGCCAUAUUCCCACACUGCCUCGGAGGCCCGAUGCCCUGGUGAAAGAGGAGCAGCUCGUCAGCAGGAAGAUGCAGCUAGAGGACUAUCUGAGGAACAUAUUGAAAAGGUCUUUGUAUCGGAAUCAUCCAGCAACACUUGAAUUCCUGGAAGUAAGUCAGAUCUCAUUUAUCCAGGACCUGGGACCAAAGGGAAUUGAAGGCCUGAUAUUGAAGAAGUCUGGGGGCAAUACGUUUCCUGUGUGUUACUGGUGUGGCUCCAACAGCGUGUGCUAUCGCUGGUCCAAAAGAUGGCUGGUGGUAAAGGACUCUUUUCUGCUCUACAUGAGGCCUGAGGAUGGCCAGGUGGGGACCGUGAUCCUCUACGAUAAGGGCUUCCACAUCAAAAUCGGCACCCGCGAGACCGGAGUCAGGCACGGAGUCACCAUCGAGAAUCUCUGCAGGGCGCUCACCAUCAAGUGCUCCACGUACAGGCAGGCCCGUUGGUGGGGUCACUCCAUCGACGAGUUUGCACAGAGGUACGGGCAGGACUUCCUCAGGGAGAACCGACAUGGUUCCUUCGCCCCGGUCAGAGAGAACACUACAACACAGUGGUUCGUCAAUGCCGCUGGUUACUUUGAUGCCAUUGCGGAUGCCCUAGAAGGUGCCAAAGAGGAGAUCUUCAUCACAGCCUGGUGGUUGAGUCCAGAAAUCUUCCUGAAGAGGCCUGUUGUGGAUGGAAACUCCUGGAGGUUAGACUGUGUUUUAAAACGCAAAGCGGAACAAGGGGUGAAAAUCUGCGUUCUCCUCUACAAAGAGGUGGAAGUCAUCCUGGGCCUGAACAGCGAUUACACCAAGAGGACCCUGACUGGCCUUCACUCCAACAUCAGGGUCAUCCGCCACCCGGACCACGUGCCCUCCACAGCCUUGCUGUGGGCCCACCAUGAGAAGACGGUGGUGGUCGACCAGUCCCUGGCCUUCCUGGGGGGCAUUGACUUGGCCUACGGCCGCUGGGACAACUCCCAGCACCGGCUCACCGACGUGGGCAGUGUGCGGAGGAGCCCCCAGCCCAGCCCUGCCCUCUCCCCCACUAACGCCAACACCAACUGGCUCUCCACAGGGACACUCGGGGACAGGGACGAGGACCUGAGGGAUGGCCUGGUGCUGGUGGGGGGAGCGAUGCCCACCCCUGGACCCGACCAAUGGACAGGCGAGCCAGGUGCGGAGCAGGAGUCCGGUGGAGAGGCCAGCACUGGGGCAGGAGCAGGAGCAGGAGGUGCAGCAGGAGGUGCAGCAGGAGAUUGGGUGGAGGAGUUGAGUCUGAGGGUGCCCAGUCGCCUCCAGAGGGUCCCCUCAGAGGAGCACAGCAGCAGGAGUGGCCCGGAGGGAGCAGAGAGCAAGUUGGUGAGUGUGAGGGCUGGCGUGAUGUCCAGGCCGGUGCUGCCCAGAGACUGGUACAGUAAGAGUCUGUCUCUGCGCUCCAGUGAGUCGGGCUCCCUGGGCCUGGGUCUGCCCCACUCCCUCCCCCUGCCACAUGAGACCAGCUCAAUGAGAAGUUAUAUCAGCAAUAACGAGCUUUUCGGGGAAACCAGAUUUUGGCAUGGCAAAGACUACUGCAACUUUAUCCUCAAAGACUGGGUCAAGCUCAACAAGCCAUUUGAUGGCUCAGCCAACAUCAAUGACCGCAGCAUGCUGGGGAAGCGAGACAGUGAGAUGGCCAUAGUUGUGGAGGACUCUGAGUUUCAGCCCUCAGUCAUGGAUGGAGAAACAUUCCAGGCGGGCAAGUUUGCUCUGUCCCUCCGAGAGGAGUGCUUCAGGCUGGUGCUGGGGUUGCUUGGGGACUACAGUGUGGAUAUCAGUGAUCCAGUCUGUGAGAGGUUCUAUAAAGAGACAUGGAUGGUGACGGCAGCCAAGAAUGCCAGUGUGUAUGACAAGGUGUUCCGGUGCCUGCCCACAGAUGCAGUGCUGAACUAUAAGAUCCUGAGGGAGUACAUGUCCCGGCCCUGCCUGGCCCACGAAGACCCGCCACUGGCCUGCGACGAGCUCCGCAAGGUCCGCGGCUUCCUGGUGCAGUUCCCCUUCUACUUCCUGUCUGAAGAGAACCUCUUCCCCUCUAUCAACUCCAAAGAGGGCAUGAUGCCCAUGGAGCUGUGGACAUAGCAUCAUGGGAAAUGUAGUCCUUUGAUGGGUUCAGUAAUGUUAUGUUGCACACUGCCAAAAGAAAAAAUCUACAUUCAUGCCAACACACUGAGACUUUCAAAGAAAGAUUUGGAAACACCUUAUGUCUACAUUCAAUUACAUUUUUCCUAUAAACCAGGCUAUGAUACAGACUACUAAUAUGGCAUCAUGGAAAUUAAACUACCUCUAAUCACAUUCUACUCAAAUGGUCUGCUCUGCAGUGCUGAAGCCUUACAUGCCCUUAAAGACCUUUACAAUGGACAGUUUCUCUCGAUUCACACAGCCAACAUAAGCUACCCAUUUUCCGUUUAUCCUACAUCUCUAUUUGAAAGCUGUUUCAGAAAUAAGCCUUGACCACAUGCUGUGUUUGUGAUACAGUUGUAUCUGUGAAAAAAGAUUUUCUGUCAAAAUAGUAAUUAUUUAUUGCUCUGUUUUAAUUAUUGUCUCAGACUAAAUUGAAGACUAUUACAUUUAUUUUGAAUUUGCAUGGCAACUAAUUUUCUUUAUGUAUACCACUUUGGACUAUUA